UUUAAUUUGUACAAUAAAAUAAUUAAUUUCUUUAUUUUUAAUCUGUACAUCACUUGACAUAUUUUAUGAUAUUGUAAUAAUUUUACUAUGACUAAUCCUCAAAGAAUUCUAGCCAUAGCGGCAAGUAGUUCAUUCAAAUUACUUUUAGACUGUGGACUAUUCACUUUUAAUGACGAUGAUGAUGAAGAUGAUGAGAAUUUAACCUUUGAGAAAGACUUUCCAAUCAGGAUACAAAACUAUAUUGAAAAUGUUGUUGUUCAUUAUUCGGAUAAUGUAUUUCAAAGCCACUUUAGAUUAUCCAGAACAGUGUUCUAUAAUACUCUAUUACCAAUGAUAGAAAUAAGUCAAAACAACAUGACCAAUAAAGAAAAAAAAACAGGAAGACCUGAAAUUCCCAUAGUAAAACAGUUGUUGUCUGUCCUUUGGAUACUUGCCACUCCAGAUUCAUAUAGAUCAGUUGGAGAAAAAUUUGAUAUGGGAAAAUCAUCACUGUCGGUAUCAUUUUUCAGAAUUAUCAAUUUAUUAAUAAUGAAUGCUUCCAACGUUAUAAUUUGGCCGCACGGAGAAGAAAUGGAACGGCAAAAAGAAUUGUUUUUUCGCAUGGCAAGUAUCCCAAAUGUCAUUGGAGCUGUAGAUGGUACUUUCAUUCCCAUAAAGGCACCAAAACAAGAUGCAGAAGUAUAUGUCACACGAAAAUGCAACUAUGCAAUUACCCUGCAAGCAAUUACAAAUGCUGAACUAAAGUUUACUGAUGUUUUUGUUGGCUAUCCGGGUUCUGUGAGUGACACUCGUAUCUUUCGAAAUUCAGAUAUAUUCAUAAAUAUUAUGAGAAAUCAAAAGUUUUAUUUCCCAAAUGAUGAACACAUCUUAGGCGAUAAAGCAUAUCCUCCACUUACAUGGUGUGUUGAGCCAUACAUAAAUAGAGGUCGUUUAACAGAAGCACAAAAAAACUUCAAUUUUAAUAUAUCUCGAACCAGACAAACUGUAGAACGUUCAUUCGCUCUAUUUUUUGGUAGAUUUAGACGGUUUAAAUACCUAGAUAUGUCAAGGACAGACUUCAUUCCAUCUACAGUUCUGGCAGCUUGUGUAUUACACAAUUUGUGUUUAAAAAACAAGUCAGAUGCCAAUAUAAAAGAUUAUAUUGAAGAAGGGAUGAAUUUUUUGAGACACCAAAGAUCUGAAUGUGCUAAUCCUACAAGAGAAUCAUCAGAAGAUCACUGCCGUACAGAAGGAAAAUUAAAGCGAGAUAGAAUGUGUGAACUUUACAAUGCCUAAUACUGCUGAUUCCUUUAUUGUGUUAAAUUUUAUAUUGUUUAAUAUGUAUUAUAUAAUAAAUUAUAUAUGAAUAAAAUUUUACAGAGUACAA